AAUGUUUCUUAUAGAAACUUGAUAGAAUUGGAGGAAAAUGUAACAGGAGAGGCUCCGCUGAGUUACGACCCUCCACGCGCACCCCACAAAUCCGAAACUAAAGGAAACAAAUUGCCAAUGACUGAUCGUCUGUCAACCACUGCAGCAGCCAUGGUUUCCAUUUCCGCCGCCGCCACCAACUCAGCCGCCACACGCCUCAUCCCUUCCGUCGCCGUCUCCGCCUUCACCACCAGACUCUCCUCCCGCACCACACUCUCCCUCACCUCCCUCCGCUCGUCCCCUCUCAUCUCCCGCCUCUUCCUUCCCCAGGAAACCUCCGUGCGGCGAUUUUCGAGUGGGAGAAUUGGUUAUUCGACGGCGUCGUCGCCUAAAUGUGCGGCAUCGGACCCCGAGCAGCUGAAGGGUGCGCGCGAGGAUAUAAAAGAGCUUCUUAAGUCUACGUUCUGUCACCCUAUUCUGGUCCGUCUGGGUUGGCACGAUGCUGGUACGUAUAACAAGAACAUUGAGGAGUGGCCACAAAGGGGUGGGGCCAAUGGAAGUUUAAGAUUUGAAAUAGAACUGAAACAUGGAGCAAAUGCUGGGCUUGUGAAUGCUCUUAAACUUCUUCAGCCCAUCAAGGAGAAGUACUCUAGUGUCACCUAUGCAGACUUGUUUCAAUUGGCUAGUGCUACUGCUAUAGAGGAAGCCGGGGGUCCCAAAAUUCCUAUGAAGUAUGGAAGAGUAGAUGUAUCUGAACCUGAACAAUGUCCAGAAGAAGGAAGGCUCCCAGAUGCUGGCCCUCCUUCUCCCGCUUCUCAUUUACGUGAUGUCUUCAAUCGGAUGGGACUGGAUGAUAAGGAAAUAGUUGCUCUUUCCGGUGCACAUACUCUCGGAAGGUCAAGGCCGGAUCGUAGUGGAUGGGGCAAACCUGAAACCAAAUACACGAAAGAUGGACCUGGGGCUCCUGGAGGCCAAUCGUGGACAGUGCAGUGGCUGAAAUUUGAUAAUUCCUACUUUAAGGAUAUUAAAGAAAAAAAAGAUGAGGAUCUGCUAGUUUUACCUACAGAUGCUGUUCUGUUUGACGAUCCAGCAUUUAAGGAAUACGCAGAGAAAUAUGCUGUGGAUGUAGAUGCAUUUUUCAAAGAUUAUGCUGAAGCUCAUGCUAAGCUUAGCAGUAUUGGAGCUAAAUUUGAUCCACCUGAGGGUUUCUCGUUAGAUGACAUUCCCGCAAAAGGUCAGCCAGAGAAAUUUGUGGCAGCCAAGUACUCAACGGGAAAGGACUAAAACUGAAUGCAAGUAUCUUCUUUUUCGUGUGGUGUUAGUUAAAAAAUAACCCAAGAUAUUCUAAAACAUGGAAGUUUUUAAUGAAACGGUAAGAAUAAAAUUCAAUCGAGUGUUGAUUUGAAUUGCAGACAGAACUAUCGGAUUCUAUGAAACAAAAGAUUAGAGCAGAGUAUGAAGGAUUCGGUGGAAGUCCAGAUAAGCCUCUCCAAUCAAACUAUUUCCUUAAUAUCAUUAUCGUUAUUGCUGUUUUGGCUUUUGUGACAUCUUUCGUUAUGAACUAAUACAGUUUUGGUAUUAAAAAACCAUUUAUUUUUUCUUGUUAAAAAGAAGAAAGCUUAAGCCCUCAUACAUAAUCAUACACGAAUGAUACAUGAUACAUGUACCUUUAAGCUAUUUGCUUAGUGCUGAUUCAACUUGGGAUCGACUAUGUGAUAAAUAUUCUUUGGUA